ACGAGAGACAACCAAAUCUUUCAAGAAGGUCGCGACGUGGUGACCGUGUGCGAGUGGACGGACAGAAUUUACCAGAACACGCAACCGGAGCACAUAAUCACGAACGUCGUGUCCGGCAGGAAGAUGCGCGUGCAAAAGUACAAUUUUCCCGAUACGGUCGUUUGGAAUCCUUGGCAGGAGAAGGCUCGUGACAUUCCAGACUUCGGCGACGACGAGUUCCCGAACAUGAUUUGCGUUGAGAGCGGUCACGUCAGUAGUCCAGUGAUAUUGCUCCCUGGAACGGCUUUCGAAGCCAGUCAAAUCUUACAGGUAAUGUGAGUAGAGGGUGGACCAACGUCGCACGCAACACCGGGAAGCGGUGCGAACACGUUGCUACCGGUUUCUUCCGCAUCGGGU